CAUUCCUGAAUCCUUCAAGCUUGGUGGACUUGGUGGUUUCGGUUUUCGCAUUCGCAUAACGAAAUACCAAAUAUGUGUGUGUAAUUUUGUGAAAUAAAAGAAGAUAUUGAACUAAAACCUAUAUACUUAAUUUAUCCUCAUCAAAAUGUUGACUCCACGGUUCAAAUUAACGCAGGAUGACAACCACGUGUAUAUCACCGUGCAUGCACCAUAUACAAACAUUGGAGACACGGAAAUCGACGUAGAUGGUGAGAAUUUUCUAUUCGUAUCCAGCCCUUACUUCUUGCGCCUUCGUCUCCCUGGCAGGAUCAUCGAGAACGACCACUCUAAAGGUUCGUACACUUGCGAUUCGGGAGAUUUUCUCCUUACGUUUGACAAGGAAAAUCCUGGUGAAAAUUUCGAGAAUUUAGACAUGAUUACUAGUUUACUCGCUCCUAGAGACAUUCCUGACCUUAAUCCUGAUUUAGUGGAAGUUCUUGAGGAAGAUGGCAUCACAAUUGAUGAUAGUGUUGAUAGUGAUAAUGGCAACAAUUACUCAUAUGGUUUUGCGGAUAAAAUAACCACUGAAUUUCAUGAAAUUGGUAGUGAGUUCCCUCAAAUAUUUGAGCUUAAAAACCCUGAAACUGUGCCUAAAGAUGAACGAAAUGGUUUAAGAGUAGAAUAUGAAGAUGGUAAAUUUUCAUCGGACCAUUAUUUGGCAGAUUUGUUUGAUGAAGAGCUGAUUGCUCCAUAUUUAACAGGGAAAUUGUAUUGGAAUAAUCCAGAUUUUGAUAAAGAUGCAGACUUCAAUGAACAAGAAGUAUCUAUUCUUAAGGAAUUGCCGAAUAAACACUAUCUGUUUAAUAAAAACGAGCACAGACAAGUUUUGCUCGGACUAGUUGAUAUUUUGUACGGAUAUUGUUAUGACAAAAGGACAACUAUGAAUGACAGUAACGUUGAGUCAAGCUGGACUAUUAAUAAGCUAUCAUCAACAUUAAGCUGGUUUUGCUCAUUUAACGACAUGAAGCAAGUGCUAAUAGUUUGCUACAGAAGGGCACUCAUCUUCCCAAUUUUCAGAAACUUUGAACUUUGCAAUAAAGUUAAAAACGAUCUUGCGUCACUGUUCCGCAAGGGUAAGAAAUUUAUAAUCAAAUGUAUGAUUGAAAUUCACCAAAUGUUUAACAAUAGUAAUGAUGCCCGUUACAUAUUGAACCAACUAUAUAUAAAGGAUUAUUUGGUGUUUCUACAAAAAUGUAGGAGCGAAGAGUUUACCGAGCUAUUCAAUAACAUAGCUAAUGUUGAAAUCAUGAAACGUGACUUAAAUCUGGAGCUAGAAGAGUUAGAGGCAGCAGCACACAUGGUCCAACAGGAUGAGAUAGAAGUACUGGAGAAUGAGAUGGCAAUACGCAUGGCCUCUAUGUCAUUACUAGGCUUGAACAAAAACAAUGAAAGUUACGAUGAAAGUGAUGAUGACAGUGACUCAUCAUCGUCAUCAUCAUCAUCCUCAUCUGACUCUAGCAGCAGUGACUCCUCCGAGGAUCCGUCAGACCUGGACUCUGAUGAUGACCCGUCCUGACUCUACUUCAACUCCUAGGAGUUAUCCGGCCAAGGCCUUUAAGGUCUUGCCGUCAAAAAGACUGAAUAGAUAAGAUACAGUGAAAUGAGGGUAUACCGAAUGUAGGACAGGACAAUGAAAAUUGAAAGAAAUUUCAAUUUAAUUUCUGUUUCAAAGUUGUUCAGACAGUAAAUAUUUUCAUUUCAGUUGUUGAAAUCACAAAUGAAUGUGAAGCUGCAUUGGGAUAAUUUCGAAAGUGAGGUAAUUUUGAAAAUGCCGAAUAUAUCUACUAAACUGUAAGCACUUUAUAUUGUAGCAGCAGUGAACAAGAUGCCUUGGUAAACGUUGCAGUACCUAGCGUAAGUGUGAAGUUGCUUAAAUAUGAAGUGCCUCUGAUUUUAUAGAUAUUUGUCACUUUCAAAAAUGUGGAAUCACUUGUGCCAUGUAAAUGUUAUUCUCGAAAUGUGUAAAUGGAUGUUUCAGUGUAAUUAUAUAUUUUUUUAAGCAAUUCAUUUAUGUGAUAUGUAUUUACCAUAUAACUAAUAUAGGCCUAAAAUUUUGAUCUGCCUUAUUACCCUCAUACAAAACUAACUUUUGAACCAACGUUAUAUUGAAAAAAAAAAAAAAAUUUUUUUUUAUUUAUUUUAUAAAACAAAACCUUAACAUACAGGUUUUGUUUUAUGAAAUAAAUAAAAAUAUAAAUUAAAACAAAAGGCAGUUUCAAUGCAGAGGCAUUCUCAUUGAUGCCCUGUUUCAAAGUGUUACUGAUAUCGGAAUAUAAAAUGAAAAAUGUAGUCAUAUUUUUCAAAUAUUUUACUUUUUUGCCCAAAUAUUGUGAAUUUGAUAUUUAUGUCCAAUAUAGAUUUAAAUAUAAUAUACACUAUUUACCUACAUAAUUAUUAUGUAUACUUAAGCAAUUCUUUUCUGUAACUAAAUACAACUAUGUGAUGUUAUUUGUAGUAUAAUCGAACAUACUCUUCUUCCUCGCGUUGUCCCGGUACUUUGCCAUGGCUCAUGGGAGCCUGGGGUCCGCUUGGCAACUAAUCCCAAGAAUACCAUAAUCAAAUGUACUAUGGAAAAUA